GCCGCUGACUCAGUGCCUUGCUUUGAGCAUUUUCAUCGUUCACCUGAACGCAGCACAGCAGCACAGAAGCAGCAGACACUCACAUCUUCGCCGUACAACCCUCUCUGCAGCCAUGGCCAAAACAGCAACCGCUUACAAGGAGAAAAUGAAGGAGCUCUCCGUCCUCUCGCUCAUCUGCUCCUGCUUUUACCCGGAACCACGCAACAAGAUCCUGAAUGAGUUGGAAGCAGCAGAUCUUGAGGUGAAGCCGAUCAACAAGCGGGCUUCCGGACAGGCGUUUGAGGUGAUUCUCAAGCCCCUGUCUCCAGUAUCAGAUGUCAGCCACAACCUGGCUUCUCCCCCUAAGAGGGACAUCUCCUUGGAUGACAUUGAGAAGAAACUGGAGGCAGCUGAAGAGCGGCGAAAGUACCAGGAAACACAGGUGCUGAGGGCUUUGGCCGAAAAGCGAGAGCAUGAGAGGGACGUGCUGUUCAAGGCUUUGGAGGAGAACAACAACUUCAGCAAGAUGGCUGAGGAGAAGCUCCAAAUGAAGAUGGAGCAGAUUAAGGAGAACCGCGACGCCUAUCUGGCAGCCAUGAUGGAGCGUCUACAGGAGAAGGAGAGACACGCAGCGUUGGUGCGCAGAAACAAAGAGAUGAGGGAAGUGAUGACAGCGUGAGCACCGCACUAAAGUCCCAACUUCCAUUCACCCAUCCAUCCAUCUAUCCAUCCAUCACUUCAUCACUCCCUAAAAUAAACAUGCAAACCUGGAGCACCCGACAGGUGAAGGACCUCACCACAUCAAAACACUCAGCAAUCAAUCAAUCAAUCAGUCAAUCAAAUUCAGUAUUACCGAUGACGACAAAAGAAAAAAAAUCCGUGUCAUUCAUCUUUGAGAGCUGCAAUCAUUUCUUGAUUUUAGGGAUCUGUCUUAUUUUGUAAAUAUUAGUUUUGGGUAUCUAUCUAUCUAUCUAUCUAUCUAUCUAUCUAUCUAUCCUUAGCUAGCUAGCUAGCUAACUAGCUAGCUAGCUAUUUAACUAUCUAUCCAUCGAAUCUUAGCUAGCUAGCUAACUAGCGAGCUAUUGAUUUCUCCAUACUGCACUGUACAAUGUUUUUUGUUGGAUGCCGCCACUAUUUUCUUGUGAAUUGUGAGUUGGAUGUAGACAGACGUUUGCUAUGUGUUCCUGAUGACGAUAAUGACAAUGAUGUCACAAUGACGAUGAUGUUUUUGUGUCUUUGUGAAGAAUGUUGGGUGUAAGGUGUACCUGAGGUAAUAAAGUAGACUAAACAAAUACAAGCCACCUGCUUCCUCACGCACGCUUGGAAUGUAUAAAACAAAAUGUCCAUUUGUAAUGAGCCCAAUUGUUAAUUGGUGCUACAUUAUGGUUCGGAAUGUCUUGAGAAAAAAAAAAAGGCCAACUGUUUCUAUACAUGCAGAUUCCCAAGGCCAUUUUCCUUAUCGGGUCCUUCACCAGAAUGUACCUGACGCAUCGGUACCAUGCAUCUCUACUCUGAGACGUUUCUCCGAUUGUAAUAUUGAUUACGUGAACAAAAACGAUGUGCGUGCUUGCUUGGCUGCAAGAGAAAAGGAUCGUAACACGCGGCGUGGUUGGCCUUGAAUUUAGGAUGCGGGAUUGCUAUAGUUAGUAUACAUUCAGCACACUGAACUAGUAGUCUCUUUUUAAUAUACAGCACUGCUGAUAUCUGCCUGCAACCUCUGCUGCUUGUCUUUUUCUUCCCUGUCCUUCAUGAUGAAUUUCUCUGUGAAAGCUUUGCUUAAUAAAGAUUUGGGGUUCUGUGAACAUGGCAUGCACCAUCUCAUGAGUUUCUACUAAGAGACGAGAGAGUGUGUCAACUGCCUAAUAAAAGAUCAAAUGUUA